AUGCCUCGGUAUACUGGACACUCCGCGUACCACUGGUACAUUUCACAGCGGUCGAAACUUGACCUGCAGCUGCCUCCCCUUCCUGCCCCCGACACUCGAGGCUAUACUCCCCUGUUCCUUGGCGAACGCUUUUGCCGUGCUCCUGACUGUGCAAAAGAGACCCCAGCGACGUCUACGAAUAACCUACGAAAGCAUUACAGCCAAAAGCACCCGAAUCUGAUCCUUAACGCGGUAGAAGGAAGACCCACAACUGAGGAAGAGGGUGCGGCUUUGAGAUUUUACGUCAGCCUUCGUGAUACGUACGAUACCCGGGUCCUUGCUAAACAGAGAGCUGCCGCUAUAAAUAAGCCAAAAAUUCCUCGAAAAAAGGAUGGUAGUAUUCACCUUACCGAUAUAAGGAAGAAAGUGAAAGACCUACAUGGCCAAGUCCCUUGUGAGCCUUGUAAGGAUACCAAUGAUCGUACUGGCUGCUGUCGUGAGGAAAAUAUAUCCCGUUGCGACAACUUUGACUACUUUGAUUCUGAUAAUCAAAGUGAGCUUAGUGACCCUCCAGAGGAAGAGGCAGAGGAACAAGAGGGGGAAGAGGAAGAGGAGGCGUAG